AUGUCGAGAAUGGACAGUUUUCAGGAGCGUUGGGAGGGUCAAGAAGAAUUGUACGAAUAUGAUUCUGACUCCUCAGAUUCAUCAUACUGUUCCACCUCGUCGACCGGUUCAUCUCGAGGUUACGACAACCCUUCACAUAAUCGGACGAAAUACUCAUACCGCCCAUUCUCACCCAACUCUUACCAACCACCAAGUCUAACGGAAUUUCACCAAAGACGACAGAGCGACUCAUACGACCCGUAUGAUCUUGAAUACGACUCUUCCUCCUCUUCUUCGUCGGCAUCCUCGCCAUCUUCAUCCUCAUCUACAGAAUCAGAUUCAUAUCUGGAGCAUUCCCCGCUCAGUACAACCCUCGAUAAUUACCUUAGCACAAAACCCCAUCCAGAGACACCGGCGGAACUCCAAACCGCCAUUCUCGACAUUAAUAAUAUUCUCCAACAAAAACUUAAUGGAAACGAAGACUCGUCUUCUUACGAAAACUCGACACGUCAAAUUUAUGGCGAGCUCCCACUUUCGACCGAAUCGGAAAUCUGUACCACCAUUCUAUAUAAUCACUCCUCCGACCCAAAACUCACGCAGCUUUGCGAAAAACACCUUCUCUUCCUCGCUUGCUCCCACGGCAGUAUCAUGAGCUCCGGAACCACAGAUUCACAUUUCGAAGUCCUCCUCGAAGAUGAAGGAGGCAACCAAGUUUUUGGCUGGGAGUUAUACGCCCCAACCUCCGCUCUGCUGAGGGUGAGCGAUGUCUUGGAAGACGGAGUAAAAUCUGAAUCCAACACCUUGCCAGAAUACCAUGCAGAAAUGGGGGAGGGCGAGAGCAUCCAGACAUGUGUCAGAAACAAAGAAGUGUUCUUGAACGAGAUCCUGAGGCUACCAGCAGAUGUGCUGUUAAGUGUGGAGAGAGUGAGGGGUCUAUUAAGGCCGGUGCAAGGCAAGUGA